GCGUAAUGGUGCGUGCAAUCCAGGGCCGCGCCGAAGCGCACAUGGCUCACAUGGCGACCGGUAGUUAUUGCAGCUUUCGCAGUUCGCUGUGGUGAUACAUAGUUUUGCUAUGGUGGUUUUUGUUGUCCCGCGGUGAGCGCUGUUCAUUCAUUCAUUAUGUAGCGGCUGAGUCCGCGUCCCAACACUUUACGCUACCGAGCAAAGGUGCAGCAAUGUUGCUAAAUAGUUUCAGGGUCGGUGGCAGGUCGUGCUGGAAACUGGCCCGCGGUGCUUCUGCGGCCGCUGCGUCAAGGGUAACAGGGGCAUCACUUCCAACUGAUCGCUCUUCUUCCUCGACUAGGAGACGAUCUGCUGCCACCAAGAAACGCAAAGAGGAGCUGCAGCACGAGCAGCCGUAUACUGUACUGUCGAGAGUCGAAGAUCGCGACGACGACGACUUCAGCCUGAUCGAGGAACCUGAGGGCAGCCUGAGCGUGCAGUCGCGCGCCCGCGUCCAGCUCCUGACGGAGUCGCUCGGUUGCUCGCUGGCGAGCGCAACGAGCAUUGUGAUGAGCAACCGGAAGAUCCUGAGCAUCCGACGCGAGACCCUGUUGAAGAAUGUCGGCAUGCUGAAGUCGUUGUUUCCCGUGCGCGAAAUUAUGCGACACCCAGAGAUCCUCAGUUUUCAGUUUGGCACGGCCGAGCAGCGCUACAGGAACCUCGAGGAGUGCGGCAUCAAGAAGGUUACGCCCGCUAGAAUCGUUAGGUAUGUUGAGCUAAUGACCCAGCCCGCCUACUCUCUGAAACUACGAAGUGUGAUAGAGGUCGAGACUGACACUGCCGCCCACCUGCUCUCGUUUCUGGACUGCCCUGCUGGAGUGCGUGUGGACAUUUUGUCGGAGCUGCCGCUCCAUUACCCAUUCACCCUGAGCAUAGCAGAAGUGAAGCAGAUUGUGCUGCGCAAGUACCUAGCCUGGAGACUCGGAUGCACCCAAGAAAAGAUUGCGAUGCUGGUGCAAAAGUAUCCGUCUGUGGAGAACCGGAGCCUGCAGUUCCUGCGGCAUACCAUCGAGCUGCUCACCAAUCAUUUCCAUAUAUCUUGCGCAACUGGCUUUGUGCUCCUGGCCCAUCCGGGCAACCUGGAGAGCCAGCUGUCGCAGGUGCGUCAACUAGCAGGAAUGGACAUGCGGGAGUUAGCAGUGCUCUGCCCCCGCCUGCUGACCGUGCCUGCCGAGAACUUGAUUCGUGUCGAGCGGCUGCUGCAAGCACACGGCAUUACGCCGGCCCAGGUGCAGCGCUGCAUCCGCAUCUACAGCCUCAGCCCAGAGACUAUUGAGAAGCGGCUGAAGGAGAUCACCAAGGUGGCAGAGUUCGAGGUGCGUCGCGAGUGUCCCCGCCUGCUGAACCUGGUGUACUAUGCGUCCAAGGCACGGCACCGUCUUGAGCUGCUCUCGCAGUUGGGGCACCCUGCCAGCGGGGUGUCAAUCAACGUGCUCAGCAUGGCCGCUUCAGACUUCGCACGCGUCUUCUACAGCGGCAGCGACCGCGGCCGACCCCGCGAGACUUCAGAGUAUCUCGCGCACCUCCUUGGGAAGCCAGAAGCGGAGGUGCGUCAGCGGCUGGCCAGUCAUCCAUCAGCCAAGCGAAUAUCUCUGCUGAACACUCGCCGUGUUGUCGACUGGCUCUUGCCACGAGGAGUUACCUACGAGCAACUUUGGUAUGGACUUCAGGUGGUGCUGUAUGACUCUGAGCUGGUGGCAGCCCACUUCUUGCGGCUUCCGGAGCGAGAAGAGCUGCAGCCGUACUCAGAGUGGCGCGACUGCCCCCAGCUCCUCGAGGUGCUGCUCUACUACAUCGAGCGAGAGGCACACUUCUCGGGCCACACCCAGCUGGGCCUGUUCGGCGAGGUGGAGGGCGUUGACAGCACCAGCCAGGAGAAGGCCACUCAGGCGGCUUCCCUGCAGAACCUUUACUUCCACCCAGCCACUCUCCCAGUGGUGCAAAAAGAUGGUGAUGAGGAGGAGCGGGAAGAGGGGCAGACCGGGGAAGGCAGCUCGUCAUCGUCGUGACACGCAUGAGGUGAUAGUGUUACGCUUGUGCUGUGACGUGCACCGAGUUACCUUGUAAAUGAAAAAUAAAUGCCCUGCUCGUAGCAGAGCGUGUGCGAGAAUCACCCUUGGGAAGCCCAUUCAUGCGCAAGGCAAGAAGAAAAGGAGCGAAACGGAGGAGGCUCGUUCAAGCUUGCUUCUAAAGUGAUCGUACGUGAAGAUACCAGCGUUUGAGGCCCUGUGGGCAUCGCGUGUUGGGGCGUGUCAAGAAAACAAUUCUGACAACGCUGUAGCGUCGUCACAGAGAAACCAAGGUAGAUGGACUUGUUGCGAUGCUUUCAGUAUGGCAGACUGCGGCAAGGUGAUGCAACCUCUCGAGGUGCCCCAGAGAUCGGCACAAUGACCUAGUCAUGAAGACACUGUGCACCAGAAAUGACGUGGGCUUUCUCGUCCCUACACAUCUGUGACAAUGGCAUGCUGCAAGUGCUCUGAGCAGUGCGGGAAUGCCAGUGUUGUUAUGGCACUGAAGGACACUUUCAACUGGACCUUGCAUUUGUGUGCAACGAGUCCAAAUGUGGAGUGAUCAAUCGAAUGAGGCACCUGCAAGAAAGCUCUAGCGGAGCUCUGGCACAUACAUGGGCCACAGUGCGCUACUUUAAUAAAGCAAAGUAACAAAAACGUGCUAUUUAUCAGCUGCAGGCAAAACGGUGAAAGCGUGCUUGUAAUAAACACACUUCUUUUAGAUAUCCAAAAAUGCUUGCUUGUUAUGGCAAUAGAACACUGUCAGAAGUAAUGAGUGAUAAGCUAGUAAUGGUUAUGACAUGCAUUGACAAUAAAUCUCGGUGAACUUUGUUAAUGUUAAAA